GAGCCGCGCGCGAUAUAUGUUGGGGAAAGGAGGAAAGCGCAAGUUUGACGAGCAUGAAGACGGGCUGGAAGGCAAAGCGGUGUGCGCCGCCGACGGUCCCUCCAAGGUGUCGUACACGCUGCAGCGCCAGACCAUCUUCAACAUCUCCCUCAUGAAGCUCUACAACCAGCGGCCCCUGACGGAGCCCAGCUUGCAAAAGACAGUGCUCAUCAACAACAUGCUGCGGCCGCCCGAGCCCGGCGCCUUCGAGAUCGCCGCCUCCACGGGCUUCCUCACGGACUUGACGCUGGACGACAUCCUCUUCGCCGACAUCGACACGUCCAUGUACGACUUCGACCCCUGCACGUCGGCCGCCGGCGCCGCCGCCAAGGUGGCUCCCGUCUCCGCCGACGAGCUCCUCAAAAGCCUCGCUCCCUACAGCAGCCAGCCAGUGACUCCGAGCCAGCCUUUCAAAAUGGACCUCACGGAACUGGACCACAUCAUGGAGGUGCUCGUGGGCUCCUAAAGCGCGCCGGCGCCCUCGGCGCUCUGCAUGCGGCCUCGCUCGCCCCUCUCCGCAAGGCAAGGCUCGCUCUAGGUUUGGCUUCGAGCAGCGUUGGAGUGCCUUCAUCCACCUACGACCACUGCUAAUGUCUUGGGUUGUUUUCCUUUGCUUAACGUGGUUCCUCAAGGAAGACCGACUAGCCCGGUGCCGGAAAGAGUAGGUAGUGUAGACGACGUUCUGUUAUUAUGACAAGAAAACACAAAAAAAAAAAUCAACAAAAAAACAUUGUAAAAGCUAAGCACAAGGAUUAUGUUGGGGAAAGCUGUAAAUUGCAUGUGCAUAUUUGUCUAUUUUUUCUAUAAGUUUUAUUGCAAGAGGUAAACAAAGGAAAAAAAAUUAUUAUUUAGAUAAUCUCCAAACCAUUUUAGCCCUGUAUAGGUUGACUUAGCAAUUCAGCCUUUUGGAGGCAUUAACCUGCUCCUCUCUAAGUGUUGCAUUUACAUGGCUGUUUAGAAACUGCUGCCCAAAUUUAUUUUAUAUUUUUGUACAGAUUC